AUGGAGCAACUAGCACAACAAUACAUCGACUCGACGAACGUGACGCCUCACUGGUUACCAGGCGGCGACGCAUUUUGGUAUAAGCAGAAUACUUCGCCAAAUAAAUACCAGUUUGUCCUUGUUGAUGUCCUUGAAAAGAGUCGCGAGUUGGCGUUUGACCACGAGCAACUGGCUGAAGCUCUACAAGAAAAGACAAACGAAGAGGUUGACCAAUUCUCUCUUCCUUUCAACUGGAUUGAACCGGUCCCAGACGAAUCAUGUGUUCGAUUCCGCUUCGACAAUCGAAAGUGGCAGUUUGGGCCAAACAAUCAGCUCCAAGAGUGGGAGGGACAAUUCACCACUGAACCAGAUCAUCUGCUGCAAAAAGAAGUCAUUUCUGCACACAAUGGCACUAAAGUCACCGUCGAUUUUGUGAAUCGUACGGGCAAAACCCUCAGGGUGUUUUGGAUCGAUUGGGAGGCAAAAGCUAUUCCAUACAUGUCGAUCAGAAACGGCGAAACAAAACGACAGAUUACAUACGUGGGUCAUGUUUGGCGACUGGUAGAUGUGUCGGACGACAAAUACAGAGCAGUCUAUUCGGCGCCUGACGUGGGAAAUCAUGUGGCUAUCAUCGAGCAUCUCAGUGACUCUGUUCCUGAAGCAUCUCCGCCCAGCGACGAUGGAGAUUCUGACACUGAUGAAGAAUCAACCGAACCCGAAAACGGCCCAUGUCUCUAUGUCAAAGACUUCAACGUAUGGUUCAAAACUGAGAGCAACGAAGCCUUGCAGUUAUCUGAGAACGGAACCGAAGAGAGUCCCUACGACAAGAGACACUUAUACAUAUCGCCAGACAAGCAAUAUGCAGCUGCAUGGCAGUAUACCCCUGGACAAGACCACAAUAUCAAUCUAGUGGAAUCAUCUCCAGAAGACCAGAUUGAGCCAAAACUUCACACGAAGACAUACCUCAAGCCAGGUGACCGUGUCAGAGUCGACAGACCUCGACUCUUUAACCUCAAAACUCGUAGCGAAGUUGCAACUGAUGAUUCGCUUUUCAAGGACCCUUACCAAAUGAGUAAUCUGGAUUGGAACCAUAACAGUCAGGAGUAUCUCUUUUAUUUCAACGAGCGUGGACAUCAACAUACCAGAGUGAUUGGUAUCAAUGUUGACGGAAGUGUCAGGACGCUUGUGGAAGAGAAGAGCUGCACGUUUGUAGACUAUACAAAGUCCUACUUCAAGCUCCUCAGAGACUCUGAUGAACUAAUCUGGGCCAGUGAGCGAGAGGGAUACAAUCAUCUGUAUCUAAUCGACCUCAUCACUGGCUCGGUCAAGAACCAGAUCACAAAAGGGUCAUGGAUGGUCAAUUUUGUAGAGUCUGUGGAUAAAGAGCGUCGUCGUAUUUGGGUGCGAGGCUAUGGGCUUAAGGAUGGUGAAGACCCUUAUCACGCACAUCUAGCAAGCGUCAAUUUCGAUGGGUCAGAUUUCAAGAUACUCACAGGUGGAGAUGGAACUCACUCUUGGUCAUUCUCUCCAGACAAACGCUACUUGAUAGACACUUGGUCAAGGGUAGACCGUCCACCUACAACAGUCCUUCGUGACUGCGAGUCUGCAGAAGAGAUAAUGGCACUCGAGGAGGCGGAUUUGAAAGAGUUAGAAGACAAGGAAUGGUCUUCUCCUGAGAGAUUCGUUUCCCCUGGUCGGGAUGGCAAGACACUCAUAUACGGAAUCAUCAUUCGACCCGCCGAAUUUGAUAGCAGCAAGAAAUAUCCCAUUUUUGAUGAUGUCUAUGCCGGGCCUCACAACUUUCGGGUCCCCAAAGCAUUUUCGACUCUUUCAGAUCGACGGCGAUGGGCAGAUGAAGGGUACAUCGUCGUGGUCAUUGACGGAAUGGGUACGAACUGGCGCAACAAAAGCUUCCAUGAUGUCUGCUAUAAGAAUCUUCACGAUUCAGGACUUCCGGACCAUAUCGCUUGGCUGAAAGCUGCAGCAUCUUCACGACCAUGGAUGGACCUGUCCCGGGUGGGAAUCAGGGGCGUUUCAGCAGGAGGACAAAACGCUGUAGCAGGAAUGCUUCACCACAGUGAUUUCUUCAAAGCCGGGAUAGCAGAUUCAGGCUGCCAUGAUAACCGCAUGGAUAAGUUAUGGUGGAACGAACUGUGGAUGGGAUAUCCAGUUGACGAGGCGUAUGAGAAGGCGUCUAACAUAACACACGCCAAGAAACUCAAGGGGCCCUUGAUGCUGAUUGUUGGAGAUAUGGACGAUAAUGUCGAUCCAUCUUCAACGUUUCAGAUGGUAAAUGCCUUGAACAAGGCGGGCAAGAAUUAUGAGUUUCUAUUUAUUCCUGGUGGUGGACAUGGCUGUGGAGGAGAGAAGUAUGGUCUUGCUCGUCAAAGGGAGUUCUUCAAGCGUCAUUUGCAGGAAGAGUCCAAGUAUCGAGUCGACAUUUAUGACACCGGCAUAACAAUUGAUUUAUUUGCAAUACAUUAUCACAGCCCGCCUUUGUUUGGCCAAACUCCUCAAUUGAGGCGCUUUCCUUUGCGUUUGUAUUGGGAACCGUUACAACCCCCUGCCCUCUCUCAUCUCUUCUUCUCUUCUUCUCUGUCUUCUUUUUUUUCCCUUUUGCUGUACCGCUUUUUCCUCUCUUCAUCGCAUCGACGGUUGAAGAUGAAGAUCUCGUACUUGUCUGUUGGGCUUCUCGCCCUCUUCAGCCCCUUGGCAGCCGCCUGGAGCAAAGAAGAUCGCGAAAUCUUUCGCAUUCGAGAUGAGAUCUCAAAGUACGAGACCGAUCCCGCUGCCACCUUCUACGACAUCCUCGGCGUCCCUCCCUCUGCUUCGCUCGAUGAUAUUACCAAGGCCUAUCGCAAGCAGACCCGAAACCUUCACCCCGACAAGGUCAGACAGGGAAUGCGAUCCAAGGCUGGAAAGGAUAAGAAGAAUGGCGCAAAGACUAAGCCUCCUACCAAUGCUGAGAUCAAGGCUGCUGUGAAGAAGGCCGGCGAGGCUCAGGCUCGUCUCUCCCUCAUCGCCAACAUCCUUCGUGGCCCCGAGCGCGACCGAUACGACCAUUUCCUCUCCAAUGGCUUCCCUCUCUGGAAGGGCACCGAUUACUACUACAACCGAUACCGCCCCGGCCUGGGCACGGUUAUCGUUGGUCUUUUCCUUGUUGUGGGAGGUGGUAUUCACUACCUCACUCUGUACAUGAGCUGGAAGCGACAGAAGGAGUUUGUCGAGCGCUACAUCAAGUUCGCCCGCGACACCGCUUGGGGUGGUGGUCUUAACAUCCCCGGUGUCGACGCUGCUCCCGCUCCAGCCCCCGCUGCUUCUCCCGCGCCCGCUAGCGAUGAGGAAGAGGCUCCUCCUCUGCCCCAGAACCGACGAGAGCGACGUAUGCAGGAGAAGGCGGCCAAGCGCGAUGGUGCUCGUCCUGCUAAGAAGACGCGCCGUGCUGCUCAAGCUUCCUCUGGGACUGCUACUCCUACCCCUGCUGCUGGACCUACUGGCGCUCGCAAGCGAGUUGUUGCUGAGAAUGGCAAGAUCCUUGUUGUUGACUCCCUUGGUGAUGUCUAUCUCGAGGGAGAGGAUGAGGAGGGCGAGGUCCACGAGUUCCUCCUUGACCCCAACGAGCUGGCCAAGCCUACCAUCAAGGACACCGCAGUCUUCCGCGCACCCAUCUUCCUGUUCAACAUCACUGCCGGCCGCUUCCUUUCCAAGAAGCCCACGGACCUCGAGAUCGAGAUCCCUGCUGAGGAUGAGGACUCUGAUGUUCCCCAGCCCACUCCCAGCACCGACUCCGCCGGCGAGGACUUUGAGCUUCUUGACAAGAGCACUGAUUCUCUCGGCAAGGCCAAGGCAUCUGGCACUUCGCAGGGCAAGGCUAACAAGCGCAAGGGCAAGAAGAGGUAA